AUGACGUCGAAGACAAACUUGGUUAACCCAACAAAAUUGGAUGAUUUGAAUGCUUUUGACAAAUCGUUACUUGAUAUUGGAGAAGGAAGGGACGUUGCAGAAGAUGAAAGUUACAUUCAAAUUCCUGAAGAUUUGAAAGUCGCUCAACAUACCAGUCAUGAAGAAACAAUUAUAAAUGCUGUUUUUCCAGAUUUAACUACUCAGAUAAAUAAUGUUGACUAUAUCAGAAAGAGAGCAAUAUUGACACCCAAAAAUGAGACGGUACAUAGAUUGAAUGACUAUAUCACUCAGAGCCUGCCAUCAGAAAAAAAGACAUAUCUUAGCUUAGACAGCAAUUGCAAAGCAGCAAGUAUCUCAAAUGAAGAUGACAUUCUCUAUCCGACUGGAUUUCUUAAUUCUCUUAUGUGCUUCGGAAUGCCCAAACAUGAAUUGCAUCUGAAAAUUGACAUUCCCAUUAUGUUACUGCGUAGUUUAAAUCGAUCUGAUGGUCUUUGCAAUUGA